GCAAAUCCAUCGCGACAAUGCCCUUCAACUCGGCGUCCAGGCGCAGUACUUAUUGUUCGGCCUGACCGCUGCCGCCCUCAUUCACGAUUGCCAGCGCGACGACAAGGAAAAAUGGCACCAAGGGACAUCGAAACCACGCUCGACGACUCGCCCGCUGCCGAUCAUCUCCCCUAUCGCACGCCCCGAGCUCGUGUCCGAGUCCAUCUGGCUGCCGAAGUCAGCCCUACGCAUGCCGAUCUCCUGCUAUUGGUGUGUUCGUUGAUCUCGGGCUUGAUGGACAGCACCCUGUACAAUGCCUACAAUACCUUCGUCUCCAUGCAGACAGGCAACACCAUCUUCAUCGCGCUCGGCGCCAGCAACCAGAACAACAAGCCGUACGGGUGGGCGCGGUCGCUAUGCUCACUGGGCUUCUUCGUCAUAGGCUCGUUCUUCUUCUCGCGCCUGCACAAGCACCUCGGCCCGCGCCGCCGCAAAACGCUCGUCUCGUCCUUCCUCCUACAAACGGCCUUUAUCGUCGUCGCCGCCGCCCUCGUGCAAGGCGGCGCCAUCAACGGCUCCGUCCCCAACCCCUCCUUCACCCAAGUCCACUGGAACGAACUCGCGCCCAUCGCCCUGCUGAGCUUCCAGGCCGCCGCCCAGAUCGUCACCAGCCGCGCUCUUGCGUUCGCUGAGAUCCCGACUAUUGUCAUCACCAGCUUGCUCUGCGACCUCUUCUCCGACCCGGCCUUGACGGCUCCUGUCUCCCAGAACGUGAAGCGCAAUCGCCGCGCGGCGGCGUUUACGCUUACGUUGGUCGGCGCAAUUGCCGGUGGCUGGAUCUCCAAGGCCACCAAGGGCGUGCAGGCGGCGUUGUGGCUUGUUGCGGGGCUCAAGCUGGCGAUUACUGGUGCUUGGGCGUGCUGGCCUGCCAAGUAGGUAGUGGGUUCUUAUCGUGAGAUGUUUGGAAGCGCUCCACGGCUAUUCUUAGACAACAGGCAUUGUUUACUGCUGCUUACCUAUUCUUGAAGGUGCGCAACUGCACUUGUAUGAACUUACCUGGUUAGCUACUUCACAAACGAGACUGAAGUCGACCCUCAUUCGAUUCUCAGCAUACGCGAGGGCUGGUGGAAAAUAGACGAGAUCGGAUACACGAAAUAGAUGGCGGACAUGGGAAGGGAUAUCUGACAAUAUACUGCGGAAUCUGUUUUGCAGCGAUAGAGAUAACCACCAUCUAUCUCAUCAUUGACUCCUCUGC